UGUGUGAAAACAUACAACAAAUUGGAAAAACGAUUCUGAAACCAACAUGUCGAAAAAACAUAAAGCUGCUUCCUCAGAUGAUCUUAGCUUUACUCUUGACAAGAUACAACAAGAUGCAAGCUCUAUACUUGAACAAAUAGAAAAAGCUGCUAAAAAACAAUUGGUAGAGAUAAAACGAGAUGUAGAUUCCAAACUUGAAGAAUUGAAAAAAGAUGCUGGUGCCAAAUUUGAAGAUGUAAAAAAAGAUAUUGGUCCAAAAGUUGAAGAGAUCGAAAAAGGAGUUAAUUCAAAAAUGGAAGAGAUAAAAAAAGAUGCAGCAUCCAAAAUUGAAGAUAUAAAGAAAGUAGCUGAUGCAAGAAUUGAAGAUUUGAAAAAAGGUGCUGAUUCAAAAAUAGAUGAUAUGAAAAAAGUUGUUGAAUCGAAAGUUGAAGAAAUCAAAAAAGAAGCUGAUGUAAAAUAUGAUGAGAUAAAAAAAGAAGCCAAUUCAAAAAUUGAUGAAUUAAAAAGAGAAGCCAAUUCAAAAUAUGAAGAUAUAAAAAGAGAUGCUGGAUCAAAACUUAACUUACACAGUGGGAGUAAUUCAAAACCCGAAACAUGAAAUUUCCCAGAAUGAUUCCGCCUUCUUUUAUUUUUAAGAAAUUAAAUUUUGUAUGUGGAAUAU